AUGAUGGACGCCCGCGCCGCCGGCACCGCUGGCGCGGCCGGCGAGGCUGGCGGCGACCCCGGCUGCUCCAGGGAUGCCAUCCUCUCACAGGCGCGCGCGUCGUUGGUGCGCCUCGACGAGCUCGUCUUCGCGGCGCAGCGAGCGCUCCACGGGGCCCCGGCGCAACCGGGGACAGCGGUGCGCUGCGGCGGCGAGGGCGGCGCCGGCGCCGGCGCCGGCUUCGGCGGUGGCGAUUCCGGGUCCGCCAGCUCCUGCGUUUCUCUCCUGCUGCCGAUGGCUGCGAAGUUCGGGGGCCUGUUCCUGGGCCAGCCAGAUUUCUCAAACGUCAUCGCGCUAGACAUGAGCUCAGGGGAGGCCAAGUCGCCCCCGCCGGGCUGGUGGGAGGCGGUGGCAAGGGCAAUAGCGCCAACGCCUGUGCAGCUGCCGCUGCUCGCCACCCUCUUCAAGUGGUUCUGCUCCGCGCACACCACGCUGCGCGGCGAGUGCGAGCAGCUGGCGCGGCGCGCGAUGACGGCGGCGCCGGACGUUGAACUGCAGGACGCCCUGGUGGCGGGGCUGGAGCGGGUGCAGCUGGCGUACCGCGUUAUGGCGGUCGCGUCCAAGGUCGUCGCCAUGGCCGCGAUCCUGAAGCCAGAGCAGCUGGCGACGUUCUACAUCAUGAGCUUCCCGCACAUGCCGGUGAUGGCGGCGGUGCUGACGGACAUGCCGGGGCUGGCGAGCGCGUGA